AUGGCCGCCACAGAAAUAUUUCAAACCAUCGCCAAGAUAUGGCUCGCAUUCGUGGGAUUUAUAUGUUCCCUCUUUUCAAAAUCAAGCAAGCAUGAAGAUGAUGCCAAACCUCCGAUUCUACCUUUGACGGCGAACAAGCCAGUCGCGAACCAUGGUGCUCCAGAACUUGCGCGUAUGCAUAUGCAUAUUGAAGAAGCUGCAAGUGCGUAUUCGCCUGCAUGGUUGUCAUAG